AUGAUUGUUUUAUUUUAAUAAGAAUAAUAUCAGAGGUUAUUUUUUUGUAAUUUACUCAUUUUAGAAUGACCAGAAUGAAGAAGAGAAAAAUGAAAAUAAAGGUAGACUAUAGAUAAAAUUCUAAAGUUUUAAGAAUAAUAAAUAGGUGUAAAAGCUGAUUGUAUUGAAACAACGAAAAUGGAAUAUUUUGUUUUUAAUCUUUAUUAUUAGAUAAACUAUAAACUAUUGCUAGUAAAUGGCUUCAUUAUAUGAGAUGACAGGAAUUAAGGAAAAAAAAACUAUGAAAUAGCAUUUCGAAUAUAAGAUAAGUACCAAAUGA